GUCAUUGCUCGUAUAUGGAUACCGCGGUGAGCCAGCAGACGUGCAGGAAAGGCUUUGACAACCAUUAAGACUAGUCGUGACGAGGGUAGUGGCAGGACUGAUGUGCACGAACUAAAUUUGCACAAGCUUGGGCGGUUGUAUAACACGCGUGUCAAACGACAUCCGCCAGUCACUUUUCGUCGCCAUCUUUAGACAAUCCAGGACGCCAUCUUGACUCUUCGCCACAGAUUUCAGAAAGAUGGCGGAAGCGUGUGUCUCGUUCCUCUAUUUCGUGCUGGGGUUCAUCCUCAUCCCCCUGGCAUCCCUCCAACCAGCCCCCGGAGGGACCCAAGUGGAACUGAACAUGCUGCAGCCAGCGAUGUCUCAAGGGAUGAUGCAGAUGCAGCCACACCUGCAUCAAAAUCUGGGGAUGCAGAUGAGGAUGCUCCCGCAAGGAAUGCACAGCAUGCAGGGGAUGCAGUCUGGGGGGCUUCAGAUGCAGCAACCGGGGUCAGGGCAGCCAGCCUGGAUGACAGAUGCAAGAGCUAGAGCCGUGCAGAUGAACUUUGCCAUGGGACCGGAAAUGGGAGGCGGCAUGACAGGAACCAUAGGAGCCAAUAACGUAGGCGCUGGAGCCAGCCCUGGAUCCCCAGGAACAAUUGAUGGGAUGGGAGGUGGUGUCGGUGCUGGGAUGGGUGCUGGCAUGGGAGCUGGUAUGGGAGGAGCUAUGGGUGGGGCGAUUGGCGCAGCUGGAUUACCUGGCAUGGCCUUACAACAAGCCCAGCAACAAGCCCAGCAACAAGCCCAGCAACAAGCUCAGCAGCAAGCUCAGCAACAAGCCAUGGCUGCCCAAGGACUAACAAGUCAAGCUGUCGCUAAUCAAGGCGCCCAAGCAAUGCAAGGAGCGAUCGGCGGGGUCCCCCAACCUGACAUGCAAAUGCAAAACUCCAUGUGGGCAGUGGGGCCUUACCCCCAACCAAGCAUGAUGGGGGGACAGUUUGGAGCGUUCCAGUACCCGAUGGGAGGAAACUACCCGGGAGGGGUACCCGGUAUGGCGGGUGAUCCCCAACUCGCUAUCUCAAUGAUUACGACACCACGACCAGCUGCUGCCGACGUGAUUGCUAAAGCUGGUAUUGAAGGAACCGUCACCUUAACCCCAGCCGUGACGAAACCCCCAGCGUCCACACCGUAUCCUAAGAUUCUGUACGUAGAUAACCCCAAAUUUACUAACGGUAUGAUUAAUUGGAAGGACGUGGCUGAUGCGCUGGUUCAAAUUGGCAAGGUUCUUAAUUGGCUAAUGAAAUUCUCCUACGCGCAGUGACGACGCUGUAUAGAACUACAAAUGAAUGCCUGAUACUAUGAUGGUAUCCCAUCCCGAGGAAGCUGUUCUUGUUUUGGCUGACGAUUUCGGAAAAGCAGGAGAGACAUUGAACUAUGCAUUGAAAUAUUUGACAAUCAUUACAGGAAAUUUAAAAGUUGGACAUUUUGACUUUGUAAACGACGGCGAUAGUUAUAUAACAUCAAGUGUAAGUUAUUGUGUCAUUAAAUCGUAUUUAUACCUGUA